CAACAACUUAACAAAAAACAACAACAAAAACGUAUUUCCUGUGAAAACUGAAAAGGAAAAAAUAUAUAAAAAUGAGCUAAAUUCAAAGCUUUUGGUGACACUUAUUAUAAAUUCAUGAAAAAGAAAAUGUUUUCCAGGUUUACGAGCAUCCUGCAGCAUGCAGUGGAUGCGCUGGCUCCUCAGUUGUCUCUACAAGAAGAGUUUGUCUUCCACUGGAAAGCUGUGACCUCAUUCUUCAUUGAUAACAAAGGUGAAAAGCAGCCUGUAGAACAAACAAGUAUACCAGCCCAUCUAGAGCAGAUGUUAGUGAUUUUACAGCAAGAGGAUGAACAGUGUGAGCGCGGCAUGUAUGGACCAUGUCUUGAAUAUCUGCUACAACACAAGUUGCUCGAAACUCUUUAUUCCCUAGGCAGAAGUGAUUAUCCACCUGGUAUGAAACAGAUUGUGCUGUCAUUCUUUACAAAGUUACUAUCAAGAAUAAAACAACCAUUGCUAGCACAUGUCAGUGUAUAUAGAGCAGUUCAGAGAUUGAUAAAGACAUGUGGUGAGGUUAAAGCUGGUCCAACAGAGAUAGAAGAAAUCCAGUUCCUUUGUACUGUCUGUGCAAAAAUAAAAGCUGAUCCAUAUAUUGUCAACUUCUUUCUAGAGAUGCCAAAGCCAUCCCAAAAUAGUUCUGCAAGUGGUACAAAUGCUCCUAUAGUCCAGGAACCAGCAGCUGAGAACAAACUGAAACAGCAAUUUCAUCUUGUCAACACCUUGUUAAAUCUGUCUCAUAGUGAGGAUAGUCGUGUUGCUGUUAAAGCUUGUGAAGGACUGAUCCUGUGUUCUAGUCUACCUGAUCCAAUAGCCGCUCACUGUAUGGUGAACAGUACAAGUUUCUGUGAGGACUUUACUCAAAGGUUGAUUGACACUUACAAGAAAUUACCAAAUGAUGUUAAUCCCAUGGAUUUGGAAAAUGUUCAAGCAAAAUGGGGAAUGGAAGUUGUAACUAAAAGAGAAGAUGACACAACGUUUGUUGGAAAGCGCCACCUAGUGUCCUUCCUUUCCUGGCUGGACUACUGUGAUCAGCUAUCAGCUAUAGCUAACCCUAUAGUGGCAGAGGCCCUGGCUCGGACUAUACAUCAAACGUUUCUCGUACCAUACAUUCUACCAGACAUGCUACAAAUAUCAGAGAGUGGGUGCAUCACAACAACAGCAUAUAUGACAAGGUGUCUUCGUACUGUGUGUUCAGAAAGAAUGUUGUCAGAACUGGUGCUAUUUUUAUUGGGUAAUGAUCAUCACCCUGAAGUACAUGGUGAGACAAAAGAGUGUCUCCGUUUUCGUCUAAUUGAGAGAUGUAAUGGUGUUUCUGAAGAGGUUUGCCUCGUUACACUCCAGCUGUUUGACACACUUCUACAGAAGGAUGAUGAACAUAUACUUCGUAAUUUAGUGCUCCGUAAUCUUGAACAAAGGAAUUAUUUUGAUGCAAAUGCAAAAAGAAAAAGUAGCAUUGUCGUUAAAGAUGCAGAAAAGACGGAAGAAAGUCUUACCUCUGAAAAUAAAGAGCAGCAUUUUGCCAAAGAUGUCUCUGGGUCAGACAGUAUAUCAGAUGCUUCAGCUGUAACUGAAUCUCAGAAUGAGGCUGUGUCUCAAACUGAAAAUGAGGCUGAACCUUCUGAAUUGAAGAGUGUGAAUGGUGUUGAAACUGUUACUAAAACUGAAGUGUUGAAAGUGGAUGAAAACUCUGAAAAUUCUGUGGAAAUAGUUAGUGAUAAACAAAAUAUUAAGUGCCAAAAUGAAAAUGAAGGAUCUGCAAGCUCUACUGAAACUGCUGGAAAAAUGAAAGAUGAGAAGUUUGAAGAAAUAAGUCUAUCACCAUUUUCCACCCCACUCCAUGUCAAGACAGAAGUACAUAAAAUUGUUAACAGUUUCCUGACGUUGUUACCAGAAGAACUUAAAUCAAGUUACCAGACAGCUGAUGGUGGCUAUGAUAUGUACCUGAAAGAUGCUCACAAACAGUAUUCAGCAAUGGUUGAGUCCUGCAAGUCCUGGGGCUAUCCACAAGAAUUUCCAGAAGUGAGAGCAACUUACAGUGAGUUCUAUGAGGGUUCUUUCCUGCACAUGAUACUGGAUAAACUCUCACACCUGUUGGAUCAGAGUUAUCAAAUCAACUUACAGCUUACAUCUGUGAUAUCUAAACUUGCCCUGGUUCCCCAUGUAUGUCUUCAUGAGUUCCUGUUAGACCCGUACUUACCACUCAAGCCGGGAGUCAGAAGCCUUUUCUCUAUAUUUCAAAAGGUUUCAAAUGAGAUAAAAUCUCAGUAUGCAUCAGAAGCGGACCUCAGUCAGAAAUUGAUAAAAGUACGAAGAAAACUGAUGGGAAAUUGUACCACUAUGCAAAGAUUUCUAGGUUUGCUUCCAUAUUUGUCUACCCGUAAAAGGUUGGAUGAUGAGAGUAGACUGGAGGCUAUAAUUGUGUUUGAGGAGUUCUGUAAAGAGUUGUCAGCCAUCGUGUUUGUCAAGCAUCAUGCUGCAGUCACCGAGGAAAGACAAUAGCUCUUCCAACAUUUUACUGCCUUUAAUGCAACUUGUGGGAGGCUCCUUAAUGUAUUGGUUUCCAUCCAGUAUGGAGGGCCUCAUACCAAAAAUGUGAGAACAUUUUAUAAAAGACAAUCUAGCAUGGCAUAAUUUUGUGUUGUCCAUUGACUCAAAGUGGAGUGAGCUGGUGUACAACAGCAGUGUGUAGCCAUUUGACCUAAAUUGCUAUUUGGAUCAUCUUGUUUUCAGUGUAAAUGAUGUACUUUGAUUGACUGGUGAAUUGUUCCAUUAUGUAAAGGGUACAUUAAUAAGAGUUCAUGUUGAGGUGCCAUAUUCUUUCAGCUCUUACAUAGAAGUAAAUGUUUUAACUAUCAACAGAUAGGAGAAAACUGUUUAUUGGAAGGACCUUACGUGGUCCGAAGGUGUUUAUAUUUUUGUUGAUGUGCUUUUUAAAUUAGAAUCUCAGUUUUGUUUUUCCUUGCUGAUAAUCUGUGUUAAACAUUUUUGUUAAAAUGACUUGUAUUUACGUUUUGUACCAAAUAGUGUAGUUCUUUGUUUUACAGUUUUAUGCAGGAUGCAGUAUGCUGAAAUAUUUGAAUGGUAGAUGUAUGUUUA